AUGGAAGAUUUAUCAUUUUUAUAUGAUAAACUUCCCGUUCUAGAUAGAAGAGGAAACCGUUUUGAUAUUUCAAAGGAGGAUUUUAAGAACGAAGAAGAUUUUCAGCAAAAAAGAGUUUUUGCCAAACUCCACAAGUUGAAGCUGUUUCAAAAUGAUUUACCAAUUGCACAACACAAAGCAGAAAUUAUAGAAAAACUUAGUCAAUUAAGAGUUUUGUUAAUCGCCGGUGAUACAGGUUGCGGAAUUAUGAAAUGCCUGUUACAUCAACGGGAUAAUUUCAAGCUGAUUCUCAUGUCUGCACCUAUAAAUCUUGAACUGUUUUCUAAUUAUUUUGAUGAUGAGCAAAUACAGGUAAUAAAAGUUCCUGGAAGAUUGUAUCCUAUCGAUAUCAAAGAUCCGUAUGAAAGAAAACGAGAGAAACUAGACUGUACUCCUUAUGUACAAAUUUUACAAAUGAUAGAUGAGAAAUAUCAAGCCAACCAAAAAGGUGAUAUGUUGAUAUUUCUUAAUGGGUUUUCUGAAAUAUCAACCUUAGCUGAUGCAGUAACUGAGUAUAGUCAGAUUAAAAAGAAUUGGAUUGUUUUGCCUCUACACAGUUCAUUAUCUUUGGAAGAACAAGACAAGGAAUUUGAUUAUCCUCCAGAAGGUGUUAGAAAAUGCAUAAUUUCCACCAAUAUUGCAGAAACUUCAGUGACAAUUGAAGGAAUUAGAUUUGUAGUUGAUUCUGGAAAAGUUAACAAAAUGAGUUACAAUACAAAUGUUUGUGUGAAUAAAUUGAGUGAAUGUAGCAUAUCUCAAGACAGUGCAAAACAGAGAUCAGGUUAA